UUUCAUCUCAAAUUAUUACUUAAUUGAAGCAAUGACCUCUCCUCUAUGUCACACUCUUCAUAGCUACGUCCCGGUUUAGAUUACAAUACCCAAUUUUCACGGUGUGUUUGGUGUAAAUGAUUUGCGGCAGUUGAGGAAAGAACGGUCCCACUCAAUCCCGAAAUUCAUGAUAUUUAUACAAAGCGUUAAAGAAGGGCAUCAUCAUAAUCAAUGUGAACUAAACUGAUACUCCUAACAAAAUUGGUGCAGAGGAGCAUAUAUCCACAGAGAUGGCGAAUUAUAGUAAUAGGGAGGCAGGUCGGUGGCAGAGGGUCAACUUUCCGGCGAAGCCGCGGGGUUUCGGGACGGUGGUGAAGGCGAACCUGAAGGAGGUGCUCUUCCCGGACGACCCCUUCAGCGAAUUCAAGCAGGGCGGCGGGGAUCCAGCUUCCCGGUGGCGAGCGAUAAGUAAGGGAGUGGUUCGGUAUUUCGUGCCCAUCUUCGAGUGGCUGCCGAGGUACAACCUUAAGCUGUUCAAGUACGACGUUCUCGCCGGAAUCACCAUCGCCAGCCUCGCCAUACCUCAGGGAAUCAGCUACGCCAAGCUCGCCAACUUACCUCCAAUCAUUGGACUCUGUAUGUAGUCUAUGGGGUGUUUGGAUCUGAUUCUCAAAAUUGAUUCUGCUCCUUCAUGGAGCAGAAGCAGAAGGUGGAGUGUUUGAGUGAAAUUCCAGAAGCACUUCUGGGGCUCUAAUUUACUCUCAGAAUCAGUUCUUUUAGAAGCCAGGGGUACCAGUUUCUGAAAACUGAUUCUGAUUCUGCUUCUUCUUUUAAUAAAGAAGCAGAAGCAGAAUCAGUUCCAAACACCCUAUAUUGCUCUCACUUCUAUUUUAAGUAAAAUAUUUCGAAUUUCGUGUUUAAUUAUAUUAUACAAGUAUUAUAUAUAGUUCGUACGGUAAAACUAAAAUUAACGUUUGAGUUGGGUGAGUUAUCAAAAAUUAUAAGGACUACUACCCGUGCUUCAAACUUUGGCAUCUAGAAUUUUCAAGUAGGUGUUAAAUUUGGCCAUGAUACCUUUAUAAGUUUUAUGAAAGGUUUUUAACCAAUAAUAUUUUGAUAUCAUCUUUACAUUGUGUAUUAUACUAUUAUUUCCUACUCCUUACAUAAUCAUAUUUUCGGUCGGAGUUUAACAUUAUUGAUUAAAAAGUUUAAAGUGGACGAAAUAUAAGAGGUAGAGAGUGUUUAAAAUAUACCGAAGAGUGUCAUUACGAGCCCGUUUCGUGAGUUUUUUGGUUUAUCAAACUUAUCGGUCAACGUUUUUAUCAAAUACAUAAUUUUUUAUUUUGCGCGUCGAAUUGUGUAAUAAUAAGAAAAAGUAUGGUUGUAGUUACUUUUCUAAUUGGAUUGACUGAAGUUCCUAGAGCAGACCGUUUUAGCCUUUUUUCAUUUUUUUUCUUUAUUUAAUUAAUAAAAUAUAUUGUAAAUACUUUUCCCCCAUAAAUCAGCAGAAUCAGCUAACCAACACUUAAUAAACUUUAAAAGAAUCAGUCAAUGUAGUCGAUUUGGGUAUUGCGAAACAAGCUCUAUGUAGUUUGAUAAGCUUGCAAUGAAGUGACUCAUAAAAUAAUAAUCCAUAUAAUUUCGAUUUUGUUUGUUUGUUAGUACUCCGUAAAACUUAACGGAUCAAAAUUACUUGUUGUAUCUUAAUUUACUCCGAUACCAUUAAGAAUAUAUAUGUAUCAAUGGAGGAACUACUAUUUCCGGUGCAGAUUCGAGCUUUGUGCCGCCAUUGAUAUACGCGGUGUUCGGAAGUUCGAAGCAUUUGGCAGUGGGAACGGUGGCGGCUUCAUCAUUGCUCAUAGCCGCCACAAUUGAAGAAGUAGUGAAACCACAAGACAAUUUGGAGCUUUAUGUGAGCUUGGUCUUCACUGCCACUCUUGUCUCUGGUUUGGUUCAGACUCUUAUGGGUGUUUUGAGGCAAUUUCCUAAUUAAUUGCUCUGCAUUUAAAUGCCUAAUUGUGUUUUUAUUAUGUUACAAUAUGUUCUGUACAUUUUGUUUUGCAAUAUGUUAUGUACAUAUGUGUAUAAAGGUUAGGAAUAUUGGUGGAUUUUUUAUCGCAUUCAACAAUCACUGGGUUCAUGGGAGGAACAGCCGUCCUGAUAUGUUUGCAACAGUUGAAGGGCAUUCUCGGCUUGAAGCAUUUCACAACCCAUACUGAUGUCAUUUCUGUAAUUCGUUCAAUUUUCGCCAAUAGAAAUGAGUGCAAUUGGAAGUCAAUUCUUAUGGGAGUUAUCUUCCUGGCUUUCCUACAAUCAACUAGAUAUUUGAAAAAGAAGAAACCAAGACUAUUUUGGGUCUCAGCCAUAGCUCCAUUGCUGACCGUCGUUGUUGGCUGCUUAUUUGCCUUCUUUGCUCAUGCGGACAAACUUGGGAUCCAAACUGUAACCCUUCUCCACCCUUUCAUAUAUGUUCAAUUCCUCCAUAUACUUUUUGCGACAUUAGUACUAUUAUUAUGAUGACGAUGAUGUUGUAAUGGUUAUUUUUAUGAUUAUAUUUGUUAUUAUUAUUAUUACUAUUAUUAUUAUGACAACAAUGAAUUGAACAAAAUAAUAAUAAUCAUUUUGUUAUAAUAAUAUCUUAAAAUUAUUUUAGUAAUAACGUUGACAAUAUGCUUUCUUAGCUUGUAGAAGCGUUCCUUGAAGUCUUGAACGACGGUCAUCAAGAUAACAAGGGCCCCAACAAUGAUAUUAUGAUAAUUUUUAUUUAUUGAUAACAAUUACUAUCGUACUACGUAAUUUGUUAUAAUGUUGACAAGGAAGCAUUUUUGCAUUUUUGAAUUUAAGAUAGUUAUUAUAUAUGAGUGCGAGUAUAUAUGGUGUCAUCGUAGGAUAUAUUCUUAUAAGAACCGUC